ACAAAAUAAGCUAAUUAAGAAUACCGUUAUCUGCAUUAAUCCGUGAAGAAGUGAGAGCUUGGGGUUCUAAAGCAAAGGAAAGGAAAGCCAUCCAGAUAUAUCUUCCAUUCUUCUCCAAGCUUCAUUCUGUUUCAAGACUUGAAUAGAUAUAGAGCGAAAGACGGAUAUGCCGACUUUAAAGCUCUUUACUAAUGUCCCUGUAGAUACCGUGGUCACCUCCGAUAUUCUCAAGGAUGCUACCAAAGCUGUUGCUAAGAUCAUCGGUAAACCUGAAUCGUAUGUGAUGAUUCUGUUGGAAGGAAGCGUUCCCAUGGCUUUUUCUGGGACAGAAGAACCAGCUGCGUACGGAGAAUUGAUCUCAAUUGGGGGUCUAGGACCAAGUGUUAAUGGAAAGUUGAGUACAACCAUUGCCGAAAUUCUCCAACUUAAGCUCUCUAUUCAGAGUUCUAGGUUUUACAUCAAGUUUUAUGAUGUUCAGCGAUCGUUCUUUGGUUUCAACGGCUCUACUUUUUGAUUGGCUAGUUGGUCGUAGGCUAUCCUUCCUUCUUUGCUUAUUUCAAGUUGGUUGUUAAAGUUUGUCUAUUUCCUUUUUGAACUCUUGAAAAUGGUAUGAAUCCAGCUGUGUUUAUAUGGAUGUGUAUGAUUUGUUACAAGUGCCUUAAUUGAAAUGAAAUGUAUUCAUAUUAUUAUGA